AUGAGACUUUCCCUCUACCCUCUCACCGACUCUUAUUACACCACGAAAGCCCUCAGCUUCACAACUUUGAGUAGCUUCUCUAGAAGCUUUCUAUCAUUUCCAAAGCGAGUGGAAUCCGCCGUAACAGCCAAGAACAUGUGGAAGGCGGUGUUGGAAAUUUUGCGGCCUGAAAAAAAGAAAGAGCGCAAGGCGAAUGAGCUGGACGCAAGUAGGGAAAAGGAAGAAAAGGGACUACAUUAUCAACGCUCUUGGACCACAAUGUCGAGCUCUACGAAUACGUGGAGAGACGUAGGGAACGAGGCGGAAGGUGACGUUGCUGGUCUAGAUCGGUAUUGCGACCAACAUAUUGAAACUGCACGGAAAGAAGACAUCAAGGAAGAGGCGGAGAAGAACGAGGUCGAGGACAUCACAGCGCUGCCUCCCAUGCCACCACCCCCGAUUGCAGCAGAACCGGUGAAGCCCAAGAAGGAGAGGAGGAAACUCGUGAGGAAGAAAGCCAGUGGUAUAGUUCAGUAA